AUGGGCGCUAAUCUGUCGAAGGCCCUUGCCAAGAUAUUUGGAAACAAGGAGAUGAGGCUUUUGAUGCUUGGACUGGAUGCGGCUGGGAAGACGACAAUUUUGUACAAGCUGAAGCUCAAUCAGUCUGUGACAACCAUACCGACUGUUGGGUUCAACGUCGAAACAGUGACAUAUAAGAACGUCAAAUUCAACGUAUGGGACGUCGGUGGCCAGGAUAAAAUUCGACCGCUGUGGCGUCACUAUUACACUGGCACGCAGGGUCUCGUGUUCGUUGUUGACAGUCAAGAUCGCGAAAGAAUCGAGGAGGCGAAACAAGAACUUCACCGUAUAUUGGCUGACAGAGAGAUGAAGGAUUGUUUGCUUCUUGUUUUUGCUAACAAGCAGGACUUGCCUGGGGCCAUGUCGCCAGCGGAAGUCACCGAGAAGCUUGGCCUGCACCGUAUGCGAGAUCGUUCAUGGUACGUUCAUCCUAGCUGCGCAACUACUGGAGAGGGAUUGUUCGAGGGAUUGCAGUGGCUAUCGCAGAACGUAAAGAAACGGCAGCAGUAA